AUGCGCUGCAGGCACAGGAAUAACAGCAGCCUGGCCGGUGCUGACAGCCAAGGUAGGCAGCCCCUAACUGCCAGAGGCCCGCUGGUAACCACCAUUGUGGGCACAGUUCUGGGUGCUCGUGCGAUACUGGAACACUCCCCUACCCGCCCCGCCGAGAAUGGGGAACCGGCGGCGCCAGGUUGUGAGUCCGCCAAGCUCCCGGCAGGCUGCGCGGCGCUCCUGGCGUGCACCUUGGCGUGCGGAGCUGGCACCUUGGCGCCGUGGGCGGCGGCGGGGACAGCUGUAGAGUGUGAAGUUCCUUGUCUGCUGGCAGCCAGAGGCGACGAGUCUGGAUGUCAUGGAAGUCAUCUUUGGGUCACAGUGCGGGGAUGGAGCCCAGCCUGGUAUCCGAGACGGGACUUAGAAGGCUAUAAAGGCCUGAGUCUGUCCGCCCUGAAAGUAGCUGGAGAAGAGACGAAUCAGGGCCGGGUAGAGCUCUGCUUUCCUCACUGGGCCCUGGGGAGCCCUUACUCAGAAGAGCUGCUCUCAGAGUUUGAUGGGAGCAGUCAACACUGUGAGGGAAACGGAAGGAUGCCAAUUCUGCGCUUCUCAGUAACUACAAGGUGUUUCAGUUACUAACUGAUCUGAAAGAACAGCGUAAAGAAAGUGGAAAGAGGCCGGGCGCGGUGGGCUCAAGACUGUUUAAUCCC